CUUUACAUCGACAGUACAAUGGCCCUCUCAAUACUUGCGCGCGGGCGGUCCCGCAUUACAAGACUUGCUUCGGCUGCGCGCACACUUCAUGCUACACAUCCCGCCCUCACGCACUCGUCCCCAAACCCGGAGUCUCACGACCCCCUGCGGGUCUCGAUUCCGACCGGUCACCUCGGCCUGCCAACGCCUCAGCCACCCCCGAUCACAGACUUCGAAUCGGCGCCGAUAUCACGCACCCUUUUGCGCCGCCUGCAUGACCUGGCCGCGCUCAACCCGCCCCCGGAGGGGAGCGAUGAGGAGGCUGCGCUCCAGCAUGACCUCGGCGAGCUCGUAGGACUCAUGGACCUCGUGCACGAGGUCGAGGUGCACGACGUCGAGACACUACUCUCCAGUACAGGAGAUGUAGUGUUCGACAAACAGGCGGUCGAGGAGCGCGGAGAGGCGCGCUUGGAUGCAGGAGAGGGCAGGAAGUUGCUGGAGUUUGCGUCGCGGCGCGUUGGUGAUUUCUACGGGUACAAGACGACGAUCAAAGGCGAGGAUGAGGGAUAAGCUAGCACCUCGGCCCCUGCGCCCCCCUUCCUACACUCUCCAACCUCUCAGCCCUCGCUGGCCGAUAACGAUGACAAAACUCGCACCUCCGUAGUCCUCAACUUUAGAUCCACGAUGCCAUCAACGGCCACGGCUUCCACGCCUCUCCUACAUCGCAUAUGCAUACAUCCCCAUGCAGGGUAUCCUAAUUUACAAGCUUGUCCCAGAAACCGCGUGUCCCGUUGUUCGGCGGCGCUAUCCGG